GCGGGAGCCCGCAGACAGCCUGAUGGUGCUCGCUCCCGUGGUGAGGAAGUGUGUGGUGUGUGUGUGUGUGAACAGUGGAUUACACAGAGUGGACACACACAAACACACACACGCACGCACUCGGUGAAGAUGGCGAUGAGAACAGCGCUGCGGUGCCUCUCCAGCAACUUUUCCUGCAGACUUCCUCAUCUCUCCUCGGCGGCGCAGCCUCCUGCGACUCGCCUGCUGUGGAGCAGCGGCUCUCCGCGGGCGCUGAGCACCACCUCGGUGCUGUCCACAGGACUGAAGUUCACAGAGAAGCACGAGUGGGUGAAGGUAGAGGGUGGAACUGGCACAGUUGGUAUCAGCAGUUAUGCUCAGGAAGCAUUAGGUGAUGUGGUGUACUGUGGACUCCCUGAAGUUGGCCAAAGACUUGAACAAAUGGAGGAGUUUGGUGCUUUGGAAAGUGUAAAGGCUGCCAGUGAGCUGUACUCACCACUGACUGGAGAAAUAACUGAAAUCAACAAGGAGCUCACAGAGAAUCCUGGACUGGUGAAUAAAGCCUGCUACGCAGAGGGCUGGCUAAUCAAGAUGACGAUUGAGAAACCUGAAGAACUUGAGGGCCUCAUGGAUCAAGCUGGAUAUGACAAAUUUAUUAAGUCACUUGAAGAAUAAAUCAGUAAAACUGACUGUACAGUUUUGCCAUGUAAUUUCAAUCAAGGAUUAGUUGGCUUGGUUACUAACAUCUUAACAUCUCGGGUGACACUGUUCUUCGCCUGUGGUAUUUAUUUUGAUACUGGAACUGUGCUAAUCACAAUCAUUUUAAAUACUCCUGAACAGCUUCCACAUAGAAGGCAGAGAUUUAUCUUGGCCUCUAGCAAACCUGAGGUGCUCUUAAUCUCAAGAUCUGCCUUAUUAUUGGGUCUUGUUGCUGAUGCUUUGCUCCCAUUUUAAAUGUGCACAGAUGUGGUAAAAGACUGGGAAGUUAUUGUAACUGCUGUCGCCUUCAUUUAAUAAAAAUUUCCACUUGAAAUUAAA